AACUUCUCUUAAUUUUAUGUUCUUGCUCCAAUCUCUCUUUAAAUCUUUGUCCUCUUACAGGUGCACAUAUGAUGUCUUAUUGAGUUUCAGAGGCGCAGAUACACACAAAGGCUUUACAGAUCACCUAUACAAUGCUUUGGAUUCGGCAGGAAUCCACACUUUUAGAGAUGAUGAUGAAAUUGAGAGAGGAGCAAACAUUGAACAGGAGCUACAGACAACAAUACAAGAGUCACGAGUAUCAGUCAUUGUUUUCUCCAAGGACUACACCUCUUCCAGGUGGUGCCUGAAUGAACUUGCUAUCAUCAUGGAACGUAAAAGAACAGACGGACACAUGGUUAUGCCAGUUUUCUAUGAUGUGGAACCAUCAAAUGUCAGGAAGCAGACGGGCAGUUUUGCAGAACCGUUUACUAGACAUGAAGAGCGCUUCAAGGACGAGAUAGACAAGGUGGAGGAGUGGAGGCGAGCUCUUAGAGAUGUUGCAGACUUGGGAGGGAUGGUUUUAAGAGACCGGUACAAGUUGCAGUUUAUCCAAGAUAUUGUUGAAGUGAUUGGAAAUAAACUGGACUACAUGACGAAUAGGAGAUUAAGAGUUGAUCCCUAUGUGAUUGGACGAGGUUACUAUGUGGAAAGCCUAAACAUGUGGCUAGAAGAUGGAUCAAAUGAUGUUGGAGUAACUGUCAUCCAUGGAAUGGGUGGAAUAUGCAAGACCACCAUUGCUAAAAUUGCUUAUAACCAGAACUUAUAUAAAUUUCAAGCUAGCAGCUUCUUUUCAGAUAUUAGGGAAACUUCCAGACAAGCCAAUGGUUUUGUUCACUUGCAAAGGAAUCUUCUCUCAGAUAUCCAAAAGAGGAAAAUGAAUAAAAUAUACAGCCUUGAUGAUGGAAUAAAAAAGAUCGAAUGGGCUUUACGUUGCAAAAGAGUUCUUAUUGUUCUUGUUGAUGUGGAGAACUCAAAACAUUUCAAUGCAAUUCUUGGAAUGCGAGACUGGUUCCAUCCUGGAAGUAAAAUUAUAAUAACAACUAGGCAUGAACAUUUGUUAAAGGCUCAUGAAGUUGUAAGGUUUAAGGUUGAAGGAUUGCAUGAGUAUGAAUCACUUAAGCUUUUCAGUUGGCAUGCCUUUGGACAACCCCAUCCUCAAGAGGGUUACAUGGAGCUUUCAAGACCCAUUGUAGAACAUUGUGGAGGGGUUCCAUUAGUUCUUCAAGUUCUAGGAUCUUCUCUAUAUGGAAAAACAAUUGAUGUUUGGAAAAUGCAUUACACAACUUAGACGUGAUUUCUGAGGGCUAAAUUCAAAAGAUUCUUGGCAUAAGCUUUGAUUCUUUACAAGAUCAUGAUAAACGUUUAUUCCUGCAUAUAGCCUGUUUCUUCGUGGGAAAGGACAAGGAU